AUGUAUUUGACGUUUUCAAAGUAUAAAUUCAAGUUUACUUCUAUGAAUAGUUGAAUUCAAAUGAACUGUUUAAGUACCUGUGAUUCAUGAAUAUUGAAUACAUUAGAGCAAUAUGUCUGCACCGGCUGAAUUAAGUUUCGAUGAAAUACUAAAAUUUAUGUUAGCACACAACGGAAAGGUUACAAAUCAUGAUUUGGUUAAACAUUUCAAAGUAUUUUUGAUGAAUCCGAAUAUGAGAGAUGAAGCAAGAAACACUUUCAAAAAACAUGUGAAUGCUCUAGCAAUAAUCAAAAAUCAAAAUAACGAGAAGUGGCUGAUAUUGAAAAAGAAAUACUUGCCGAGCAAUUUGAGGGAAAAUGAAGGGGUAUCUCAAUCUGACAGUAAAUUAAAUGAAUCAGUAACAACUCAAAAUGAGGAAACGGCAGAAGUGGAGAAACCCGAACCUGUGGUUGAGCCGCCAUACAAACCUCCUCCACCUCUACAACUAAAUCAAGAUUUUAACAUCCUCGGAACAAUAUUACAAGACACUGUUAUGGCCACAUCACAAAUCCAACCACUAAUAGAAGAGCAAGAUGAAUCAAAAGAAAAUUUAGAAGCAAUAGAGGAUGUACCACCCAAAGUACAUCCUAGGAGGAAAUCGUCAGAGAAGUCAAUAACUGAGAAACGGCCGAGUGUGCCAAAUAUUAGUCCAAGAAUGUCUAUACCAAAUGAUAGUAUGGAUAUGAACGAAACCCCACCAACUUUGACAUCAUCAAGGAGUGAAAGCAUGCUUAUUGAUAGUGAACAGAAGAUUUCAGUGAAGGAAAGAAAGCAGAUGUUUAACAGGAUGGCUUCGGAGAGUGAUGUCUUGAAAUCUAAUAAACUAAGCUUCAAUUCAUCGAGUGUCGACGAGGAAGAUAGAGUUUCGUUAGAUCACAAGGAAUCAGAUCCUCUGGACUCGAAACAGAAGCAAUGGAUCCUCUGCGCCGCUCGAGGUGAAUACCAUGUCCUAGCCAAGAUGUGUAAGGAGAACGCUAAAUUGGUUAAGACUAAAGACCCCUUCACGGUAUGUAUUUGGUUUCCAUUGAUUCAUCGUUACGAAAUAUCUUAUGGAAGUAUCUGCUAA